AUGUCUGCCCUCCGCCCUCACGCCCGCCUCGCGGUGCGCAGCACCCUCUCCCUCGCCACGGCACCCAUCACGGCCGUCGUCCCCGCCCGCUACCGAUAUUUCUCGGCCUCCCCGCGCCGCGCCGUCGGCGGCGGCAUGCAGUACGACCCGCCCUCCGGAUGGCUGUGGGGCGUGCGCCCCGGCGAGAAGUACCAGAAUGAGGGGUGGGAGGGCCCCUUCUUUUAUGGCUUCUGGGGGAGCAUGAUUGUCUUUGCGGUAGCGUAUGCGUGGAAGCCGGAUACUUCUAUUCAGACUUGGGCGUUGGAAGAGGCGAGGAGGAGGCUGGAGGCUGAGGGCAUUCUGGAGGACCCGGAGAAGAAAUAG